AGAACUUAACUACAACAUAAUAGAAUAGAAUACUUACUUAUAUACAUACAUACUCAUACACGUAUAGAUAGAGAAUGAGACAAAAAAGAGCUAAGUCAUAUAGAAAGCAAAUGAAUGUAUACAUUCAUGCAUUCAAAUUCAGAGAACCAUAUCAAGCCAUUGUUGAUCAUGAAUUUAUAAUAGCUUGUGAAAAGGCCACUUACAAUUUAAAUCGAGGAUUAAAGAAUACUAUUCAAGGAGAAGUAAAACCUAUGAUAACUCAAUGUUGUAUGCAAGCAUUAUAUGAUAAUAAAGAUCAACAUAUAAUAGAUGUAGCUAAAACAUUUGAAAGACGUCGUUGUAAUCAUCGAGAAGCAAUUAAUCCAUCAAAAUGUAUAGAUUCAAUUGUAGAUAUUAAAGGUGAAAAUAAGCAUAGAUAUAUUGUGGCAACUCAAGAUAAAGAUUUAAGAAAAAAAUUUAGAAAUAUUCCUGGUAUACCAUUAAUAUUUAUGGAUAAAUCAGUAAUGAUUUUAGAACCAUUAUCAAGAGCAAGUGCAAAAAAAUAUGAAGAUAUGGAAGCAGGUAAAUUAACUCAAGGAUUAAAUGAUUAUAAAAAUGCUGGUUAUAUUAAUAAGCAAGAAAAUAAUAAUAAUGAACCAGAAAAAACUUCAAAGAAAAGAAAAGGUCCUAAAGCCCCUAAUCCAUUAAGUAUGAAGAAAAAGAAAACUAAUCCUAAUGCUAAUCCAAAUUCAGAUGCAAACAAGUCUGAAUCGGAGGGAGAAAAGAAGAAGAGAAGAAGAGCUCAUAGGCCAAAGGAUGCGUCUAAGAAUGAUGAAUCAGAGGUUACAGAAACUGGUGCUAGUAGUACUAGUAAGUCAGAAGCAGUCACUAUAUAAGAUCUCUAUAGCAUACACAACCAGCAUCAUGGAUUAAUA